AUGGGAUUUGAGGCUCUCCACGGCCGCAUGGAUGUGGCGCUGAACAUGCUGUGCUCGUGCACCGUGUUCAUGUUCCUCGUGACGUCUGCGCCGAUCUCGCAGUUCCGCGGCAGUGGCAUUAGAGCUGACGGCAGUGGCGGUGCGAGCAAGCUGGCAUGCGUGACCUCGUGGGGCCUGAAGAAUGACUGCAACAGCAACCACUACGACUACCGCUCGACGAGCAUAACGUGCGCACGCCCGAGGCAGCUGUUCCAGGUAGCGCAGGCGUUUUACAUCAUCGCCGUGAUUGUGUCGUUCCUGUCGAGCCUACUGAGCGGCCUGUACUUCAUGGGGAUCAAGGCGAAGGUGGCGCUGAUCGUGCUUGGAUUCCUUGAGGUUGUGGUUGCGCUGAUCCCAUGGGUGUGCAUGACCGCGGUGUGGCACAACGACUACUGCGGCCAGUCGACCGUGGUGAUCAACGCGUCGAGCGGCAAGGCGAACGGCGUGCCGUACGGCUCUGUGCUGCGCACGGCGUUCAAGAUGAGCGCUGGCUACGGUAUGACUGUUACGGCGUGGUGCGUUCAGGUGGUUGGGCUGACGCUGCUGCUUACCGUGUAG